AUGGUCAGGAGCAAAUUCAAGGACGAGCACCCCUUCGACAAGAGGAAGGCGGAAGCAGAGAGGAUCAGGCAAAAGUACCAGGACCGUAUUCCGGUUAUCUGCGAAAAGGCCGAGAAGAGUGAUAUCCCGACAAUCGACAAGAAGAAGUAUCUCGUCCCCGCUGAUCUCACGGUCGGCCAAUUCGUCUACGUCAUCCGCAAACGUAUCAAGCUCGCCCCCGAAAAGGCCAUCUUUAUCUUUGUCGACGAUAUCCUCCCGCCCACGGCGGCUCUGAUGAGUUCGAUCUAUGACGAGCACAAGGAUGAGGAUGGAUUCCUUUAUGUGCUGUAUGCGUCGGAGAAUACGUUUGGCGAGCUCGAGCAGUACGCUGUCGAGGAUUUCGAGUAG